AUGAUUCCCAAUAUUCCAGUAGAUGCUCAAUGGCGAAAGAAUGGAGUGACUGUUGCUGGUCGUCUUGAAUGGGGGUUCGCCUUGGAUCGACUUCAAAAUCCUCACGGUAUCUUCGUUGAUGAUGAUCAAACAGUGUUUAUUGCUGACUGGGGAAAUGCACGUAUUGUUCAAUGGAAGUUGAAUGAUACAAAAGGACAAAUAGUAGCUGGUGGUAAUGGCUUCGGAAAUCAAUUAGACCAACUGUAUGAUCCAACUGAUAUUUUGAUUGAUAGAGAGAUGGAUAAUUUCAUUAUUUGUGAUCGAGUAAAUCGACGAGUUGUACAAUGGUCUCGUUGUCCUAAUACAACUCAAGGAGAAAUUCUCGUUGAGAGAAUUGCUUGUGGAGGAGUAGCCAUGGAUAAUCAGAGGUAUCUCUAUGUCUCUGAAGAAGACAAACAUGAAGUAAGAAGAUAUAAAAUAGGAGAUAAGGAUGGGACAAUUGUUGCUGGUGGUAAUGGCAAUGGUACUGCUUUCAAUCAACUCAACAUUCCGGGAUACAUCUUUGUUGAUGAAGAACAGGCUGUCUACAUUUCAGAUCUCUACAAUCAUCGUGUAAUAAAAUGGAAUAAAGAUGCACAAGAAGGAAUUGUUGUCGCUGGAGGUCAUGGCGCAGGAAAAGCUUUAACACAAUUGGCGUAUCCUGAAGGAAUAUUUGUCGAUAGAUUGCAUACUGUCUAUGUAGCAGACAAACAUAAUCAUCGAGUAAUGCGCUGGCCUAAAGAUGCGAAAGAAGGUACUAUCAUCGUUGGUGGAAAUGGUGAAGGACCAGGAGCAACUUAUCUUCGUUAUCCCGCAGGUAUAUUCUUCGAUCGAUAUGGUAAUCUCUAUGUUGCCGACAAUGGAAACAGUCGUGUUCAACGAUUUUUUAUCGAAUAGAGUAAUCGUUUUCUUUCUUCAUUCAAAUAAAUCACGUUGAAUCGGAUGAAAUGAAUAGUUUCUUCAAGCUUGUGCAUUCGUUAGACAUUUUCAACAUUAUUCACAUCAGCAUAUCGCUCUAAAAUAUAUAGACUCAAUAUAUCUUGAGAUCUUUUUUUCAUGAUUUAAAAUCUAAAUCCUUUAAAAAUUUCCUUAGAACGAAAUGUAAUGUCAAUAGGCAGAUAAACAAUUGAAAUCUAAGAGAAAAAUUUCGAUUUGGUUUGAUUAUUCAGCAUCAAAGAUGAAUCUCGUCAACUGAUUUUAUUUGUAUCUCAAUUGAAAUAAAUCAAAUGUGAGAAAAUCAAUUAAUAUCAACUAUAUAAUAUUUUCCUAAUAGGUUAGUUAUAAUACUGUGUUUCAUAAUCUAAAAAAUAGGUGAUCACUGUAAAUAAUCUAAAUAAAAAUUUCCAAUGAUAUAGAAUAAACGAUUGCUCGUGAUUGAUCCAAUAGAAAUGACUUGCAAACCUGUCUAAUGAAAACCACAAUUUUGAUAAAAAUUGAUAACUAAAUCAAUCGGAUAUAUAUUACAUGUCUAUCAAUUAGCAUAGUCGAAUUUUCAUCAUUUAUACAUGGAUGUUCCGAGAAAAAGAUUUAAGAUUAAAUCAAAAUUGCAAGACACAUAAUAUGCAGUUAUAGUAAAACCUUGCUAAAACUCAACGAAAUUUAGUAGAACUUUACCAAAGGAAUAUUUGUUUUUUUUGUCCCUCACCAAUGCAAUAUGAGAGAUCAACAUAUAAAUCAUCCUUUUCUUUACUUUUUCAAAAAUAAAAAAAUAAUGAUAGACUAUAAAAGAAAUUCGGAUUCUUGUCCUUCGAUUGCUGAAAAGGGUGUGGGUGUGGGUGUGAGUGUGGGUGUGGGGUGUGGGUGGGUGUGGGUGUGUGGGGUGUGGGCGUGUGGGUGUGGGGUGUGGGUGUGGGUGUGUGGGGUGUGGGCGUGUGGGUGUGGGUGUGGGUGACUGUUGACAAGAACAUCAUUCACGCCCACACACCCACUCACACC